CAUGACAUCAAAAGAGAGGAGCGGAUGUUGUUUCCUGUGUUCAGGAGGAAGACAUCCUGAAAACAAAGACAUAAACUGGAACAAGUAAAGAAGACCAUCUUUUCUACAACCUAGUUGGAAUUAACUCCGGUAUUUCCGCUCUGGAUUUCUCUGAGGGGGACUAUUCCGCUGGAUCUUACUCGAAUCUGUGAAAGUCCGAUUCGUUUUGAGCAACGAAAAGGAAGAAACAAAAAGAAAAAAAAGACACUUUUGAGGGAGUGGGCAGAUGGACAGGUGACUGACGCGCUCCAGGAAAAGUGUCUCCUAAUUUCCAGCCUUGUGCGUAAAAGCGUCGCCUUGACCGUGAGCGCAGCUCUGAAAACUUUCUCCAUGAGUGUUUGAGCGGUGAGACACGGACCCGCGGAGCUUUCAAGACUUGUUGAGGCGGCUGUCAACACAAUGGGACGCCUGUGUCUGCUCCUCAUUGUCAGUCUGUCCUCACUCACCUGCCAGGUUUUGUGCUCAGGCGUGUUCGAGCUCAAACUGCAGGAGUUUCUCAACAAGAAGGGGAUCGCUGGGAACGCCAACUGUUGCCCGGGAGGCGCCGCGCACCCGCAGGACCACCAGCAGUGCGAGUGCAAGACUUUCUUUCGCGUCUGCCUGAAGCACUACCAGGCCAGCGUCUCCCCGGAGCCUCCCUGCACCUACGGCGGCGCGGUGACUCCCGUGCUCGGCUCCAACUCCUUCCAGGUGCCGGAGACCAACGCGGACAGCUUCACCAACCCGAUCCGCUUUUCCUUCGGCUUCACGUGGCCGGGGACGUUUUCACUGAUCAUUGAAGCUCUGCACACGGACUCCCUGGAAGACCUGACAACAGACAACCCAGAGCGGCUGAUCAGCAGGUUCACCACGCAGCGGCACCUGACCGUAGGAGAGGAAUGGUCCAAGGACAUGCAGACGGCCAGCAGGACGGAGCUGCGCUUCUCCUACCGCUUCCUGUGCGAUGAGCACUACUACGGCGACGGCUGCUCCGUCUUCUGCCGGCCCCGGGACGAUGCCUUUGGACACUUUACCUGCGGCGAGCGAGGGGAAAUCAUAUGCAAUUCUGGCUGGAAAGGCCAGUACUGCACUGAACCUAUUUGUCUUCCUGGAUGUGAUGAAGAACAUGGAUUCUGUGACAAACCAGGAGAAUGCAAGUGUCGCGUGGGAUUCAGUGGGCGUUACUGUGAUGACUGCAUCCGUUACCCAGGUUGCCUCCACGGCACCUGCCAACAACCCUGGCAGUGCAACUGUCAGGAGGGAUGGGGCGGGCUCUUCUGCAACCAGGACCUGAAUUACUGUACACACCAUAAGCCUUGUCUUAAUGGAGCCACCUGCACCAACACGGGCCAGGGCAGCUACACAUGCUCCUGCCCCCCUGGAUACACCGGUGCAAACUGUGAGAUCCAAGUUGACGAAUGCUCAGAAAAUCCCUGUCGAAAUGGAGGCAGCUGCAUCGACAAUGACAAUGGCUACAAGUGCACAUGUCCACCUGGUUUUUAUGGAAACAACUGUGAGCUAAGUGCCAAUACGUGUGCAGACGGGCCGUGUUUCAACGGUGGACGUUGUGUGGACAACCCUGAAGGAGGCUACUUCUGUCAGUGCCUUAUGGGAUAUGCUGGGUUCACUUGUGAGAAGAAAAUUGACCAUUGCUCCUCCAAUCCUUGUCUAAGUGGCGCAGAAUGUGUGGAUCUAGUUAACUCCUACCUGUGUGAGUGUCCAGAGGGAUUUUUGGGGCCCAACUGUGAGGUCAGCAACGGCAUUUCUACGUUGUGUCAGUCCUUUCCUUGUCGGAAUGGUGGAACUUGCCAGGACACAUUGGAUGGCUACACAUGCAAUUGCCCACCAGGAUAUACAGGCAAAAACUGCAGCUCUCCGAUCUCUCGCUGCAUUCACAACCCGUGUCAUAAUGGAGCCACUUGCCAUGAGCGUAGUGGUCGCUAUGUGUGUGCCUGUGUCCCGGGCUACGGUGGGAAUAACUGCCAGUUCCUCCUACCAGAGGUUCCCAAGGGUUCCCAGCCAGUCGUUGAUGGUCCAGAUCGGCGAUAUUCAUCUUCAGAAAGUGGGAAUACUGACACUGAGGAGGAUGACGACAGCGGAUUCCCGUGGACGGCUGUCUCUGCUGGCGUUUUCCUCGUUCUUGUGAUCCUGAUCAGCUGCUCUGUGUUGGUGGUCUAUGUUCGCGUCAAACUACAAACCCGACACAGUCACCAUAGUGACAGUGUUCACAGUGACAGCCAGGAGACCAUGAAUAACCUCACAACCAAUAACUGUCUUCGAAGUGACAAGGAGCUUGGUGGUAUGAUGACGACAUCAAUUAAAAACACCAAUAAGAAAGCAGAUUAUCAUUCGGACCUUGCUGGGUCAAUUGGGGGUCUGAGCGGAAUCAGCAGCCUCAAUGGAUCUGAGAAAAAUGGCUUUAAGCCUCGUUACCCAAGUGUGGAGUACAACCUGGUCCAUGAACUCCGGCAAGAAGAUCUGUCACCAUGUACAGAGGAGGAAUGCAAACAACCAGAGCCCAAAUGUGAGCCACUGGAUGAGCCCAGCAGAGGGGAAGGAUUCAGGAAAAGACAGAACAGUGAUGCUUCGGAAAAGAAAGCAUCAGCAGAGUCACCAGGAUGCAGCGAAGCAAAAGAUCAGCCAUCCUCUGAUUUAAAAUGUCAUACAGCGAGAGAUCCUCAGUACCAGUCAACCUGCGACCUCAAAUUCCAGCCAACCAGUGAGGCUGUGUACCCUACUCCCAGUGACAGCCGGUACCCCUGUUCCAACGAUACCAAAUACCAGUCUGUUUACGUCAUAUCAGACCAGAAAGAUGAAUGUAUCAUUGCUACAGAGGUAUAAUUAUGGUACCAGUUUCCUG